UCUCACACCAUCUUCGUUAUCUCAAGUACACAUCUGUAUACCGCUGCGUUUCAACAUCCUGUUGGUUGUCUUGCCGGAUCACCAAGCGUCCCUGCACGCCAUGGCUCCCCAUCUCUGCGGGCUGACGAGAGACGAGGAUCCAUGUGAUGCAGGCAGCGGAGGUGGGCAGGCACAGACACACACAUGGAUUGAUUGGCACAUCGACGGACGAACCCCUGUACUACAAGCCUUUCAGUCCUUAAGCCAUCCAUCGCCUGACUCUACCUACAGUCACGUCACUCCCACCUACAUGUGCAGCUACCUAUCAGUCAGUUCCCUUCACACACCCACCGGCCUUUCCGACUGACUGCUUUGACGUCACGCCCGCAAUGUCUUGGAGGAGGCCAUGCGUGUUGGCCUCUCCCAUUGCAUUGCGGCGAUGAAUGAAAAGCAGACAGCCUGAAAAGAUAGAAGUGGGAUGACAUACUUGUCGAAACGGGGACACACUCGGGAAACAACACAAACUGGAAGACCAUUGAUGACCCUUGGUGGCCUUCACAGGCAUGCAUUUCCCUUCCCUCCCCUCCUGACUAUGCCAUCUCGAUGGUGCCACCGGCGGUCUCCAGCUUCUUCUUGAGCUCCUCUGCCUCCUCAACAGGCAGCCCUGACACACAACACGAAACACUCCAUCACACAUGCGUAAAUGAGCUGUACGGCUCCCUCCCGUGUUGCCCUCUCUGUGUCGGUGUACCCUUCUUGAGCACUUUGGGGGCGCUCUCGACAAACUCCUUGGACUGAGCACACAGGUCGAAAGCCAGGGGUGGGUGAGUAGGUGGGUCUGCACUGUGCAUGUGUGUCUUGCGCCGCGCCCACCUCCUUGAGUCCAAGGCCAGUGAUGGCACGGACCUCCUUGAUGACCUACACAGAGAGAGACCCAUACAUACACUCAUGCCAGCACUCGUCCGCUGUGUUAGUGUGUAUGCCCCCCACCCACCGCGAUCUUCUUGGACGCCUCCACGCCCACGAGCUUGAUCGACACCACCUUGGAUGAUGUGUCCUCCUUCUUCUCGGCAGCUGUGAUGCCCACACAUAGCAAUAGCAACAGCAACAUAGUUGACCACCGCACCUUCAGCGAUCAUGUGCCCCCCCACACACACAGAUCCAAGGCUACCUUUGGUCUCCUCGGGUGCCUGAGCUGGCUCCUCUGCAGACUGUGCAGGGGCAGCAGCGGCACCGCUGGCUGAUGGGGGCAUCAUACCUGACACGCAACAGACAAAACACAAAAUCUAACCCUUUGUUGCAGGGCUUUUUCCUCUCCUUGCUCCAGUACCAGGCUGCAUUUGCGGCAUUGCUGGCAUGGUGCUGAAGAAUGGAAGCCACACCCGACAGGUGCAUGCAUCAGGCCUCGUGCAUGAAUCUUCUUUCUCUGUUGCCUACCCCAUCAUGGCCAUCAUCGGCGGCAUCAUCCCCGGCAUCCCAGCGGCACCCAAACCUGACACACACACACACACACACACACACAGACAGGGGAGAUCCAGCUUCUGUGUGUGUAGACUAUCGUCGCCUUGAGGUGUGUCACCCCUGUCUGUCUGUGUGGGUUGCCGGUUCGUACCUGCAAACAUGGCAGCAGGGUGAGGGAAAGGUGUCCGGCCGGCUGCUGCCCUGCCUUUGAACUCAGGACCUAGCUCACAUACACGCAGUCAGUGCAGUGCGGUGCAGUGCGGUGCGGUGCGAUGGACGGCAUACGUCGCCCAUCCACCCACCCGCCCGCCCGCUCACCUCCAGAUCGUUCCGCCAGCUUCUCCUGACAGAGGUCGCACAGGUCGGCCGCCUCAAUCAGCGACAGACCCAAAAUCUCAUCAACCAAGCGCAACACCUGACACACACAAUCUCUCUGUGUGCCGUGUGUGGUUCACGCAUGCAUUAUCCACCUCUCACCUUAUCUGACGGUUUCCGUCUGGUCUGUGCGGCUCCACCGGCCGUCUGCUCCUCUGGCGGGUCCUUGAGCUUCUGAAAGAUGUCAAACUGAGUCGAGGCAGCCGCUGACGUGGCCUGACACCGCACGCCGCCCACUGGCUGCAGCGCACCAGGGGACCUGACAGCACACCAGACAAGGCAGAUGGAGAGAAGUGCCCAUGCAGCAAGCCAGAUGAGCAUCUGUGUUUGUCCCUUCUCACCUUGAAAUCCUGUCUGUUUCGGUGAGGCAUCGCCUCAGUCUGCCAGCGAGAGCUCUCACGCCCCUCAUUGUUGGCACGCAGGCGGCUCCCCUGUCACCUCAUGCCAGCCUUACGGUGUCACCAACAGUGCCGGAGAAGAAUGAUCUGCCAUAAACGACACGCUGCCGCAGACCUUAGACCGAAUGAAGCCUCCUCGCGUAAGAGAAACACUUGAAAGAGGAAG